GCACCGAGCCAAACCCUCCAGCCCUAGUCACCAGUCGUCGCUCACGUCGCACCCCGACAACGCUAAGUACUACACGAGCUGUCAUUACGCCUGCGCACCAGUGGUUGCCAGACAACUUCAGACGACACUGAGUGGAGACAGAGCACAUACGUCAGUGAUACCCUCGGGAUCAAACGCCACCAAUGGACACUACCAUCCAGGAUCGUACCCACAGCGAAACUGUCAACAGAUCAACUACCAUCGCUCCCGACAUCAUCAGUUUCAACAACCGUGUCUAAUCAUCACCCCGUACGGCCAGGUUCCUGCCCACACGUCGUCGCUUGUUGUUCCCCAGCACUCGAGAUACGGCCCGAGUCAUUACCGCAAGUUUGACGGAACCUACAGCUCUUCGAGUGUCACCAACAGCGACAGGUCGCCAGUGUAUGAAUCCAUUGGCGACACGGACUCUAUCAGAGAACGAGCUCGAGGUCGAGGCACUUCUCUUUCCGAGUGUGAGUUUUGUGACUGUGGUGGUGAUCACUGUAGUGAUCAGAGUGGGUAUACAGGAUAUCACGACCCCGUUGUUCUUGGGGAGCACCAGGCACUUGGUGAUGUAUCUAGGGAUAAAAGUGGUCAAACGGUUAUUAGAGGAUACAGUGAUUCGGGGUCCGUUUGCCUGUCACAAGCUCACGAGGACCCUCCAGCACCUUGUCCUCCGAUGUUUAUAGAUGGUUACUACGGCGAUAAGUGCCCGCAGACAUUGCCAUUGAGGCCGCUUCGGUGUAAUUCAGAAAGAGCAGACGACAAACCAUCCGACUAUGCAGACAUUGAUCAUGAUGAAUUAUCUCCCCUAAAACGCAAGAACAGCAGCAGUCAAAACGCAGACAAUGAAGACGAUAAACCGACUAGAAGGAGACCAUCUUCAGGAAGCUGUUACAGUAACAAUAGUUCUCACUAUAGAGAAGGACAAAGGCGAGCCAUCCCAGCACUGCAUCCCAACUAUUUUGCAACAUCCCACGAUGAGAUCAGCUGA